AUGGAUUUCUAUAAACCAACUAUGCUUUUCAGACAAAAUGCUAUAAAAAAAUCUAAAUCAAAUCCAGAAUUUUAUACACAUAAUAAUAAUAAAUCAACAGAAAGUUGGUUAUUAAAAGAACAAAAAUCAUCAACCAGUAUCUUAGAUAAAGCAUGUUCAAUGAAUAGAGUUAAAAUUGCAUCAAAUUAUUGGAAAAUCCCAGAUGAUUCAAAUUAUUUAACUUCAAUUGCUAUAAAUGAUUCUAACCAGGAACAAAUUGCUAUAUCAAGUGGUUCUUCUGAUUCAAAUUUAUUUAUUUAUGAUUUAAAUAAUGAAUCUAUUUCUUUAACUCAUCAACAAACCAUUACUUUACCAAAUAUCUUAAAUAUGAAAUGGUUAGAUUAUGCCAUGGAGGAAAGUACUUUAAUCACAGGUCAUAAACAAGGUGUUAUUCAUAUGGUUUCAAUUCCUGAAGCAAAUUCAAAUGAAAGUGCCAAAAUUUUGAAAAGAUUUAAUCAUAAAAAACAUUUCAAUAAUUCUAAAACUUUGAGAGAUCCAUCAAUAAGAACAAUUAACAUGCCAAAUUGGGAUUCAAAAAAUUCAUCAAAUUUAUUAAUUUCUCAAUGUAAUGAAAAUAUUUUCCUUUGGGAUUUAAAUCAUAGAUCAGAUUUACCAAUUUUAAAAAAUCAACAUUUAGGUAUCAAAAAUUUUGAUUCAUCACCUUCAUCAAAUGGUAUUAUUGGACUUGCUGGAGAUUUUGGUAUUGCUAUAAAUGAUUUAAGAGCUCCAAUUAAUGAAGUUUCAAUGUUUACCCCAAAGAUCUCUAAAGAUACUAAGAACUAUGGAUUCGCAAAUAAUAUUAAAUGGGCUCCAUAUGAUUCAAAUAUCCUUGCAGCUUCACAUAUUGAUGGUAUUGUUAGAUUAUGGGAUAUUAGAGCUCAAGAAUCAUUUGGUUCAUUACAAGGUCAUAAUGAUUUAAUAACUUCAAUUGAAUGGUCAGAAGAAAGUUCAAGUGAUUUAUAUACUGGAGCAAGAGAUGGGAAUAUAAUUCAUUGGGAUUUAAAUUUUAAUGAAGAUUUAAACAAUUGUUGUUUAAAUGAAGGUUUAGAUUCAAUAAAUUAUUAUGAUAAUCAAUUCUUAACAGAUGAAUUUGAAAUUUAUCAUCAUUUAAGUAAAAGACAAUGUGGUACUUUAAUUCCAGCUGCUAAAAAUUCUAUAACAAAUUUAACAAGUUCAUCAAAUUAUAUUUUAUCAAUUGAUGGUUCAUCUUAUUUGGGAUUACAUAAAAAAAGAGGUUUAGAUUCAUUUGAAGUUGAAGAAGGUACAUCAGAUAUGAUUAUUGAUAAUAUGUUGAAAGAAUUUCCUCAAACUGAAACAGUUUCUGAUUCAGGUAGUAUUAUGACAAAUUCUGAUGGUGAAUCAGAAUCAGAAUCAAAUUCAAUAUUUGAACAAACUUUGAUGCAAGAUUCUUCAGUUCCAUCAACAACAAAUAAUUCACCAAUUCAUAAUAAAACUAAAAGUAUAACAAGUUUAUUAAAUAAUAGUGAAAAUAGUAUUGAUACAUUAGUUAAUGAAGAAAUUUUCAAUGAAUCACCAAAAAGAAUUGUUUCAGGUUCAACUAUAAAUGAAGAUGAUUUAGAAGAUCAAUUUGAUUUUACUUAUAAUGAAGUAUUACCAUUAAAUCAAAAACAAAGAAAUGCAUCUUCACAACAAUAUUAUCAUUAUGUUUGA